AUGGCGGAACCAACAACUUCAGCUCCAUCUGGGGUAUCGCAAAAAGCGGCCCCGAAACCUCCGCCUCCUCCAAAGCCCCAGAAUCCGGCUCUCCGUAUGCUCGGCCUACCAAAUAUCCGACUGAAGUUGCCUUCGAGGAAUUGGCUCAUAUUCCUGUCUAUCACUGGGUCAUUUACCACGGCCCUGGUCUACGACCGCAGACAGAAACGAAGAGCGCAAGAAAAGUGGUCCAAUUUAGUAGCGCACAUUGCUAAGGAACCACUGCGGACCAAUGAAGCUCGAAGAAAACUUACAAUAUUCCUAGCUGCCCCGCCGGGCGAUGGGCUGAGGAGCGCGCGAGAAUACUUUAAGGAGUAUAUAAAACCCAUUCUAGUUGCUGGGGCCUUGGACUAUGAGGUACUGGAGGGUCGACGGGAAGGGGAUAUCCGAGCAGCUGUUGCGAACAGAAUCAGGAAAACAAGGCGGCAAGCGGGCGAAGGGCAGCCAAUUGAGGAGGACGAGGCAGACAAUUUCCUUCAACAAAUUCGACAGAAUUUUGGUAUUGAGGACGAACCUGUAAUCAAGGGAGAUGUGGUGAUCGGUCGUCAUACAUGGAAGGAAUAUAUCCGCGGUAUUCACGAAGGGUGGUUAGGACCAAUGGAUGCACCCGCCCCUGAACCCGAAGCCUCUCCCAAUCCAGAGCCAUCGCCCAUAAAUGCUGCUUCUCCGCCAGCUAACAGAGAAGACGGCUCUCCCACGUGUUCAGAACAGCCACAGGAGAAUAAAGAAGCAGAACCUACACCGGAAAAGACACCAGAAGAAAAGAAAAAGGAAGAGAAAAAACCGUCCGGCCCUACGCCCGCAUAUAUCUUCCCUGCUGCCUACCCCUCUCAACAACUCGCGCCGUCAAUCCCGCAGGAAAUCGACGCAUCUCCCGUCGCAUUCCCCCAUAUUCUAGGUUUCCUCAAUACCCCUAUUCGCAUAUACCGCUUCGUCACCCAACGAUAUCUCGCCGACGCCAUAGGGCGGGACGUCGCUACUAUCGUCCUCGCUGCAUCAACCCGACCUUAUGCGGAGAAUAAUGACAGCGUAGACUAUGAAUUUGCAGCCUCCGCCACUGCGACUACUGACGACGCUUCUCCGUCCUCACCAUCAUUAUCAUCCUCCCAUCAAUUCCUCUCAAAACAUUACGAACAGCAAACUCUCCUCGAGAGCGAGGAGCAAGAAUGGCCUAAAUCUGUACGAAAGCAAAAGGAACAUCCAGAUAUUAAAGAACGAGAAUGGCUAGAUGAUGUCGUCAUGGAUUCACGCAUUGCAUCACGGAUGCGCAGAUUUGAUCUUCCCGCAGAGGAUGAAGAGAGAGCACAGCGGAUAGGUGAAGGGACAGAGUGGAUUCGCGGAGAGGAGAUGCCUGUUCAUAUCCCGACUUGGAAACGGAUCUGGAACACAUAUGGGUGGGGUGAGGAGGAUGAUGGACGGCCAAAAGUCAUUAUUGGGAAUCUGGAUGGGGAAGAUGGAGAGUAG